GCGAGCUCCCAUCUUGCCUGGGCUUGGCCGCAACGACCGCAAUCCUCAACUGAUACCAUCACCACAUCCAGCCACGGUCAAUUGGCCCGCGCUCGCCUUUGCCCACCAUGUCGUACCUCUCCAGAACCCUCGGCAAUCUGCGCAAGAUUGGCUUCAAGGAAUACUGGCAUCAACUCAACUACAUCGGUGACACCAAGGCCGGUACUCUUGUGGGUGUCGACAAGUUCGGCAACAAGUUCUACGAGAACAUGGAUGAACUUCCCCUCCGCUCCAGAUGGGUUGACUAUGCCAAGCACGACUACGAUGCUGGCCAGAUUGAGCCCUUGUGGCACGCCUGGAUCUCCUACUCCGUCGACACUCCUCCCAACAAGGACCCCAUCACCACCGCCACCGGCAUUGCCAACCGCCCUUGGGCCAACACCGAGCACAUCCCUAACAGGACUUUUACUAGAGCUGCGUUCAAGACAUAUAGCACAACAAAGCCCAAGAUCCAGUCAUGGCAGCCCGUGGCCGCCCCUAGGUAAAGCAAGGUUGGCUGGGAGAAAGAGUCGCCACGAGCGCAUGACAAAUGUACAUACAAAUGUUUCCCUGGUGAAUAGACCCCUUUCUAGGUUUGAUAUGCUCG